GUUUUCUCCUUUUGUUUUGAAGUACGAAUUCACUCAAGGUCAAAGUGGCUUAGUAACCACAUUAAAACCUAUUGUCGAACAUUGGUCUUACCCUCAGUUCGCAAAGGCAGUCCUUGA